AACCAACGUAAAUUAAACGCUUUGUUUGUGCAUGCAGACCAUUUGCAUCAGCGGUGUUUAGGUUUCAUAUCUUUAUCAGUGCGGUCAAAGUCCGGCGACCGAGCAUCAUCAUCAGACUACGGAAGUGACAGCUUUGCUAUCUGUCAUUUAUAUUAGCACGCUCCUUGCAUUUCGCUCAUUCCCAUACCCUCUCGCGUCUUUGCGUUUCCCUGAGUAUAACUAGUUGUAACUAUGGCGAAUGUGGAUAUCUCCUCUAGCAGACCCUAUCACAUUGUUAUUUUUGGUGCUUCGGGUUUCACCGGGCAGUUUGUGGUUGAAGAGGUGGCCAGGACCGUAUCGGAGGGGCCGAAUGGGACGCUGAAAUGGGCUGUGGCUGGGAGAAGCAGACAGAAACUGGACAAAGUUAUAGAGCAGGCCGCCGGAACCCUUGGUAAGCCGGAGCUGAGGACUGCAGUGGAGGUCAUCGUGGCUGAUGUGGGAGAGCCUGACUCUCUGGCUGCCAUGUGCAAACAGGCUGUCAUUGUUCUCAACUGUGUGGGGCCAUACAGGUUCUGGGGCGAGCCUGUGGUAAAGGCAUGCGUGGAAAAUGGGGCACACUGCAUUGACAUCUGUGGAGAACCCCAGUUCCUAGAGAGUAUCCAGUUGAACUACGACAGUCAGGCAGCUGAUAAAGGAGUGUACAUUGUGGGGGCUUGUGGCUUCGACUCCAUACCUGCAGACAUGGGAGUCCUCUACACCAGGGACCAGUUCAAAGGGACACUCACUGCUCUAGAGAGCUUCCUGACAGCCAGCACAGGACCCGAGGGUGGUUCUCUCAAUGACGGGACAUGGAAGUCGGCCAUCUAUGGUUUAGCUGACAGCGGGAAGCUGCGGAGCCUCAGGAAGAAGUUUGGACACAAACCUCUCCCUGUGGUGGGCUCAAAGAUCAAACGCAGGAGUGCCCUGUUCUACAGCAAUGAGGUUCAGCAGUAUGUAGUUCCGUUCAUGGGAACCGACCCCUCGGUGGUGAAGAGAACUCAACGCUUUCUGCUGGAGGAACACCAGGAAACACCUGUCCAGUAUGGUGCGUAUGCAGGAGUAGGAGGUGUGGCCAACAUUGUCAAGAUGCUAUUCGCUGGGAUAAUGUUCUGGUUCCUGGUCAAAUUCAGCUUUGGACGAGACCUGUUGAUUAAGUAUCCAGAGUUUUUCUCCUUUGGUUUCUUCUCCAAGGAUGGACCGACAAGAAAGCAGAUGGAGGGUUCGUCCUUCAAGUUUGCCUUCUACGGAGAAGGUUACACUGAGGGACAGGACCCCAGCCAGGGACGACCCAAUGCUAAGAUCCGCACACUAGUCCAAGGACCAGAGGUGGGCUACGUAGCCACGCCCAUCGCCGUGGUACAGGCCGCUAUCACCAUCCUGAACGAGCCCACAGCCCUCCCCAAGAAGGGAGGUGUGUACACCCCAGGAGCAACCUUUGCCAAAACUAGGUUGGUGGAGCGUCUCAACAAGCAUGGCAUCCAGUUCUCUGUCAUCUAAUGUGUGACCCCUGACCCCCAUGUCAUCAGCACUAGAUGGUCAUGCUGCAAAGUGAAACUUGACUAGCGGCAACUUUGCAACAUGGCCCAAUAAUGAAGACCUUCUGCUUGUCUGUGACUAGUUUUUAAAGAGACAGUUUCCUUGUCAAAUAAUGGUGCCCCCACUUUAACUCGCCAACGAUUGUGCAGUUUGUCAUGACUCAGUAGAUUAAUGCCUGUGAGUGCCUGUUUCUCUCAAAAAAGCUUGACUGCAUUAUGAUGCUUCUGUCCUUCCUCUGAUCAAUACUUUCCAAGCACUGUCUGAAACCUACCUUACUUCAAGAGGAUCAGAAAUUCCUCAUUUGAACGAUUGUGUGCUGUAAUCAAAUAUAGUUUAGCAGGAUCUGUUUAAGGAAUGAUCAACAAAGUAGUGCUUGCUGCUUGUUAAAUGGUUGUUUGGGUACUACAUACACACAAAGCUGGGAUGAUCCUUCCCACAACUUUGCAGAGUCUUCUGUGAUUCACUGAGCGUGUGUUGUACAGGUUCUGUUCUCCUAGGGCUGUAGGUCUUCUCUACUUGUCUGAAUAAAACCCAACACUACUGAAAUAAA